GCUAGUGUUGGGACUGGCGCUCCCAUGAAGACAUUAGAGGAGUAGGAGGAGGCGCUAAAGGUGUAAACAGGAGCAUUGGGGCAGCCGUGGACUUUAGAGUAAGAGUUAAAAGCUCGCCACAUAAACAGGGAUCCCAACCUGGCGGCAUGGGCGAAGAAUGGGCCAUAAAACGUGGUGAACCCUGAGUGUUUCCUUUCUUGCCCGCACCGCCAGGAUUCUUGACUCGGUAGCUGCGGCGGAUACUAGUGGAUAACAUGGUGUACUUGACUGGAGCAGUCCUCAGCUUUAACCCGCUGGAGAACCUAAAGACUUACAUUACCAAUCGUCCCCCACUGGUCAUUUUUAUGAUCAGUGUUAGCACAGUGGCAAUAGCAUUUUUAACCAUUGGCUACUUUUUCAAAAUAAAGGAAAUCAAAUCACCUGAGAUGACAGAGGACUGGAAUACCUUUCUCUUAAGAUUCAAUGAACUUGAUUUCUGCAUUUCUGAAAAUGAAACCCUAAAGCAUGGUCUGAAUGAGUCGACCACACCAGAGAGCACAGUAACAAGUGUACAGGGCAGAUUAAGCACACAGGCCCCAUCUCUUCUUGAGGACCCAGGACCUAUCAAUAUCUCUGUACCCAUCACCCUCACACUUGAUCCCUUGCGACCUUUUGGAGGAUACUCUCGCAAUAUCACUCACCUUAGUGCUUCUGUACUUGGUCAUCAAGUCAGCCUUACAGGUCGAGAGGCCCAUGAAGAGCUGAAUAUUACUUUCACAUUGCCUGCAGCAUGGAACUCUGAUGAUUGCGUCCUUCAUGGACACUGUGAUCAAGUAGUAUUUAGCACCUGCAUGACCAUCACAGCAGCAAACAGUGUCUUCCCAGUUACCGUCCAGCCUCCCCACUGUAUUCCUGAGACAUACAGCAAUGCCACAGUUUGGUACAAGAUUUUCACUACUGCAAGAGAUGCCAAUACCAAAUACACUCAAGAUUACAACCCCUUCUGGUGUUACAAGGGAGCCAUUGGGAAAGUGUACCAUGCCCUGAACCCCAAGCUUACUGUCAUUGUUCCAGAUGAUGACAGGUCCUUGAUAAACCUGCACUUGAUGCAUACCAGCUACUUCCUAUUUGUGAUGGUCAUUACAAUGUUCUGCUAUGCAGUUAUCAAAGGACGGCCUGGCAAAGUACGACAGAGCAGUUCAGAUUUCUGUCCUGAAAAGGUAGCUUUGUCAGAAGCCUAAAGAAGCAAUUUUUGAAGUUGGGCAGAAAAUGAACUUUAAA